CCUAUGGGUGAGGUGCUUGCAUGAAGAAGAAGAGUUCCCAAAUAGGGUUGCUAAGAUGAGGUAAGGUUGCCGGGAUGCACCCCGCCGUGAAACCCCCACCAAAACCCUUUCCAAGGCACCAGCCUGCGGUGCACCUUGACGUAGCCAGCCAAGCAGCAGGAACAGCCGGGAUCCCGUGUAAACAAAAGCAGGAAAAUCAGCCAAGCCGAAGCGAAAAGCAUAGGAAGCAAAACACCUCCAUCCCAUCUUGAUACUAUCAACUGAAUCUUCAACCCCGCUACUUCAAAACUUCUCAGUAUCACCACCAGACACAGACACCAUGGCACCCCCCUCCCAGCUCACCGUCGCGACCCUCUCCGUCACCAGACUCCUCAAGGAGGAGAUUUCGUACGAGAAGGAGCUCAUCCAACAAAAGGGCAAGGUCACGACGCUGGAGAAUGAGAUCAAGGAUGGCAAGCCCGAUGAGGACGGCAACCGGGAGUACAUGCUCAAGCAGCUGAAACUCGCGGUGGAGGAGACGCAAAAGGUGUUCCCCGAGCUGAGAACCCGCGUCGAGGAUUCGACCGCCAAGCUGGAAGAGCAGAUUGCCCUGGCCGAGAGCAGCGGUGCAUCGCCCGAGGAGCUGGAGACGGCGAGACUUGCGCUCGCAAAGGGCAAGGAGGAGAAGACGUAUCUCAAGGACGACGUCUCUGCUUAGAGGUGUGAAUUUUUUUUUUUCGCGUUUUGAUAUCAAACAGGAGAAGAGGUUCGGGAUUGCGUAGUGUUAAAGGGUAGGCGAGC